UUUCUACGUCCGACUGUGACGGCUACGUUUCGCAUUCUCAGAUCCCACUCUCCAAUUCGCACCUUCUCUCGCCUCUGCAGAACCAAGUGUCAAAAUGGCAGAAUCAAAGCCUGGAUUGAGGAAACCAGUGUUCACUAAGGUUGACCAGCUUCGCCCUGGCACUAGUGGGCAUACUCUCAUUGGGAAGGUUGUCAGUACAAAAAUGGUAUUGCAGAAGGGCCGUGCCGAUGGUCCUCAAGUACGCCAAAUGCGAAUUGCUGAAUGCUUGGUGGGUGACGAGACAGGAAUGAUCAUUUUCACCGCUAGAAAUGACCAGGUGGACUUGAUGAAAGAGGGCACCACUGUAAUUCUGCGAAAUGCUAAAAUUGACAUGUUUAAAGGAUCAAUGAGGCUUGCUGUGGACAAGUGGGGCCGUGUUGAAGUUGCUGAACCUGCCGAUUUCACCGUGAAGGAAGAUAACAACCUGUCACUGAUUGAAUAUGAACUUGUGAAUGUUGUGGAAGAGUGACUUUUCUGGACGGUUGUCACUUCCUACUACAUUCUCAUUCUGACCAAAAAAUAAAAUAAAAUCCAGAAGAGAAAAUUACUGUUGUCUUUGGGGCUCCCGCUCUCCCAAAUGCUCUUUAAAAGUUCACUUUUAAGUAGAGGAAAUCUGGAAGCUAGUACUACGCAAGUUGUUUCUACCUUUGCAGCAGAUCAGGUGGAUCCAUUGGUUGAACCUCCAAGCACAUGGUGACAGCUGCAGCUCGAUGAAGAUAAAACAACUGGCUUUUGGGUCUUGCUUUUGCUUGUUUGCUAUCUAUUUAGUUUUGGCGAGUACACGUUUUUCCUCUAUUAGAGUAUACAUUUGAUACUAAGACUAUGCACGACAUGUCUCUAUACUCUGUGUAACUUGGUCUAUUUCUGCCUGCAUGACACUUCUAUUUUCAUGUUCUUUUGCUGUGAAGUUACAUGUUCACAUCUGUUCAUCUGAAA